CAAUUAUGCAGAUUAAUUUUUUGUCUUUUUUCUCUUUCUCUCAAACUGAUUGCGAUGUCAGUUGUUGCUGUAAUGGAAAGGCCAUUUGGCAUAUUGUCUUUGUCUUGAGAAGCUUUGAAGCUGCAGACAUUUGUUUAACUUUUCGCACAACGAUAGAAGUCAGGACAAGCUAAUGCUAGCUCCCAACACUCGUGAUAGCCAGAACGGAUGGGUUUGCAGUGGACCAUGCCUACACCAUCACCAUCUGUGAAAUGAUCAGUCGAGUAUUGCAGUCACAGGACCAGUGGAGGUGUUUAGAAGUCGAGAAGUGAAGAGCCAAUCAUCUUUGCUGACGUAUUAGAUAUAACAUGGAUCACACAUCAACGGUAACACCCAAGCAAGUACCAGGUCGAGGCAAGCGGUCAGCCUCCACAACGCCAACAUCGCAGAAUAGUGUUGGAUUUGCUAGCUCCACCACACCCAGUGCUGUGCUAAAGGGCCGAGGUCGCAGUCGAGGCAAGGUCAUACCAGUGAAUAGUCCUGUAACACCAGGCGGGCUGGCUGGACGACAUGUCCCGACACCAGCCACAACUGCUGCUGCUUCCGACAAUGCAACGCUGCCGACAGAUAGCGAAAGCAAUGGAGCUGAUGCAAUCGUACAGGAGUGUGCAGUACAUCCGCUGGAGACACCCAGGCCUGCAACUGCCGGGCAUGCAUGUCACCCAGGCCAGCUAUCAGCAUCACAUGACACUAGUGAUUUCAGUGCUGCACCUGUCCAUAGGGAUGAUGAUGACGAUGGUCAGAAGAAGCAGCAUGGUCCAGAUCAAGUCAGGGAAGAUGUGAGUGUGGCCUUACUGGAUGAUGAUAAUGACGACAGUAGAAACGUAUCCCAUGGAACGUGUUCAAUCACUGAAUCCAAUGAUAGUGCAUCGUGGGGAAUGUUCAACAGGGGUGCAUUGUCUGCUGCCGAUGCUGCUGCUGCUGAUGAUGAAGCGUGGGGUGCUUCUGCUGCCACAAGCACACGCAGAAAGCCUGAUCUCCUCGAACUGACUGAGGAGCAGCCAUCUAACUUUGAUGCCACCUGGGGAAGUUCAGCUACCAGCGAUAGCGCUGGUUCUUGGGGUGCACUGUCGAACAAUGCCGGGACCAGCUGGGGAAAUAUGAAGACUGAAGGCAAUGCUAAGGGGUCACCUCAAACAGACAAGAACUGGCCAAAAUCGACGCACAGUAACAGCAGGUCGGCAGCAUCAAAAACUAAUAUGGACGACUGGGGACUGUCAACUGAUGGUAGUGGCAAGUGGGACAAUCCCAAGAAGAGUACCAAUGCCCGGAGCUUCAAGUCUGAGUCAUCUCCCAGCCACCGCGCUGACGCCACCCGCUGGCAGUCAAAGUCUCGCCAUGCAUCUGCCAGUGAGGCUACCAAACCUGCUGCUGCUGCGUCUCGAUGUAGCUUCACCUUCGACGAUCUCCCGUUUAGAAAAGGAACUGCUUUGGCCAGCCACAGUUCUCCUGAUACCUUGCCUGGAGGUGCUGUAUUGUGUGUGAAGAACCUACUAGAUGACCACAGGCCCGCCGUACUGGAAGUACAGCGCGUACGAGAGUUGUUGCUGGACAGAUUGCAGCGUUACAGGCCUUUUAUAAGAAGCCUUUCAAUCCAACAAGGCAUAUCGUACAUGCUCUUCAACCACGUACAUGCUGCUGAAGCUGCACGCGAUGAACUGACCAGCUUGCCAGUGCCAGUGCGCUACGACAACAGACGGCUUACCUUCCAUGUCAACCACAAUCCUGAAAAACUCACCAAGUCCUUGGAGUAUGAGAGGCGACGGCCCGAGAGUAUUGUCACCGCCGUCUCUCAACUGCAGGUGUUCGAUAAGGACUCUUGGGCGAAAAAGAAACCCUCAAGUGAUCGCGCAUUUUCACCUAGGGGUGCAUCGGCCGCCGUGUCUAAUGAAUCGCCAGCUAGUUUGGAUUGGCCUACGACCGAGGCCGCACCUGUGACUAGUGAACAGGGCUGGCCAGCGGGUAUUGAUCGACCCUCUUCAGCAGCAUCAGAACGUGUUACUUCAAAGUCUGGACAAGGGCACACGACAGAAAGACCACAAAGUCGAAAUAGAAACAGCCAAGGCAACGGGCGCUGGCAGAAAGAGCGCAGCACUUUGCCCAGGAGUACUCCCGAUCAGCUUGCCACCCAGCUAUCUUCAGUUGAAAUUGGUGCUAGAUCCGACAUACUUGUGUCCAGUUCAUCUACUGUUGUGUCCUCAUCUGGUGGAGAUCUGAAUGUCACUGCCAGUGGCGCAUUAUUUGCUUCACCGUCUAGCUCAGCCCCGGGAAAGAUGGGCGGCCAGUUGACGCUGUCCAACUCUGACGGUGCUGGGCAUAGGGGUGGCAGUAAAUCAAAUGGCUUAUCAUCUCAGAGCCAUGCCAAACAUAGUCCCGACUUGCCCACUCUGCCUGGAAAUGCCAAUGGCUUCACGGGGAAAACAGCGCGAGUGCCUCGCCUCGGUAUGAACAAGCUACAUUCUGACACUACUUCCAGUGACUUGCGGACUUGCAGUUCUGGCCCUGCAGCAUCACAGCUCCCAUUGCCUCCAUUCGACAGAAGUGACAGCGCCCAGUCAAUGUCAACUUGCAGCGGUGAGUCUGGCGUUAAAACAUUGUCCGACGGUGAUUGUAGUUCAGUGUCUUCAGACUCAUUCACUGCAGACUCAACAACAUGUGCCUCUGUGGGUGGCAAGUCAAAAAGUCGAAACACUAAGCGACACACAAUCUGGGUAGGAAGUCUGCAGAAAUCAUUGGGACCUACCAAGUUGAAACAACUUCUGAGUGCUGCUGUCGCCAACUUGCCUGGUCUGGUUGAUGUCCACAUCAAUGGCGCUAUAGGUUUCAUCAACUUCACGAACAGGGCAAGAACGGAAAGGGCAUUUGCUAUCCUCUCAGCCAAGCCACUUCUGCUGCAUGGCAGUGCAGUGCGUUUACGCCUGGGCGAUGAUGACGUGCCAACCAGGAAGGCAAGGCUGGAAGACGACAGGCGUAAGAACCACUCUGCUACGUCAACCAGCUCAUGGACAUCAGCCAGCUCUGACACCGUGGGAUCAUCCAGAAAUCAGGCAUCAACCAGUUUCAACCAGCAAGCUGUAUUGCAAUCCCCAGAACGCCCUCCUGCGUCAGACGCACCAUCCACCCUGGACUCUCACUUCACUGCGGGGCCCGCGAAAGGAGCGUUACGACCACCUGCAGCCAUGACUAUGGCCGCCUCUGUAACUGUUUCUGUGAGUGGCUUUUCUGUGCAUCAAGACAUAGGCGGGGUGGCCGACUUCUUUAGCGCCUAUAGUGAGUGGAUUGUUGAUAUACGGCAAUGUGCCGACGACCAUGUUCUAGUUGACUUCAGUGACUUGACACAAGCUAAUUAUGCCUACUUGGAGCUGGACGACACAGAGUGGUGUGGGCGCCCUGUGAAGCUACUCGUCAUCGAGCGUGCACAGAAGGAGGAGAAUGUGCCGACUACCUCGCAAGCAGUGGAGCAAGUCAAGCAGACAACAGCUAGUCGCCCUUCUCGACUUCGUCAGGCAGGUCAGAUUCGUCUGGAAAAAGCCAUGAGUGAACAUUGCUUUGACUUUCUCAAGAAAUCGUGGUCUUCGUUACUGCAAGGCUUAGCUGCACCAACUGGUGGCCAGGCUGCUAUUACUUUCCGUUGGAGUGAUGGUGCCGCCUCACUAUCUGGUCCGUCAAGGGAAGCUCUGUCUGAUGUAGAACACAAGUUUUUCACAUCAUCUAUGGAGGAGAAUGUGGAACUGACUGAGCCUCAAUGGUUCCGCUGGAAUCGCAGUGUUGCAAUGGUGGCCAAGUCAGAGAACACGUUCUUGGCACAACUCUUGACACACAUGAUCUCUGGAUCAUUUGCAAGCACGCUAAGCGAGGUGCCGGGCGACAUCGGGUGGUUGACAGAGAACAGUAGCUGGGCAGUGUGUGUGUUUGGCUUGGCCAAGUCAGUAUCACGCUGUAUCACCAAGCUACGAGCAUGCUUGAAGGCGUGCUAUCCUUUGAACCGGCUCGAACUUGAAGUCCUGGAGGAACUGCGCAAUCACUUGCCAGCCAUGGAGCAGUUUGAUAGAAUCCACUUUGACGGUUUCGCUGAAGACUGUCGUGUGCUGCACUUAGUGCCCGGUGUGUCUUCUCUUGCUGAAGUGAAUGUUGAGGACAAGUUGGAUGCACUGGAUACGGUACUAGUUGGAUUCGCUAGCCAGUCCGUGGACAUUCAGUCAGUUCUGCUACCCUCAGCCCGCGUAUGCGCUAGUCAACUCUGUCAGCCGUAUCCAGCACGAUCAGCUGUGAUUCUUGUGUGCGAGUCUGGCUAUCAAGAGCCACAGAGCAAUGACAUAUCUAAGUCACUGCUGUGCAAGGUGCAUGUAUGUGGUCUGGACUCUGAAGUUGUAGGCCAUGUUGCUGAGGUGCUCGGAGCUGAACCAGAGCAACGAGAAAUCACUCAGGUUCCUGUACCGAUGUCCAUCCUGACUGACUCUGGACGAGAGAACUCUUUGCCGUGUAUUGCGAAGGAGUUCUCCGUGGCAUACUCAAUUGUACCAAGUUCUCAAGCUGAGCCCAACUCCGAUGUUACCCCGUGUACUGUUCAGCUUCUGAGCUACUCUGCUACUGAGGUUGAGUCUGCUAUGUCAGCACUGACAUCUUUCGUCGCGUCUAUAAGCACAACAUGCUCGCAGUCAGUACGGCUUGACACCCUGCGCCAUCGCUACCUAAUCCGCAUCUUCCACGACCGACCUCAGGAUGCUGUCAUUGAGGAGAUUGCGGAGCUGUGCGAGCAGUGUAACGUUGAAAUAAAGUACGACCGUCUGAAGGAUUCAAUGAUCAUCACCGGCAACCUAGCCAUGGUUGAACAAGCUCAAACUUGCCUCGAGAACAACUCCGUCAUCUUUGGUCGAGCGAAGACCAACGAGCUCCUUGUCUUUUGUUCGCCGCUGCUGGUCGAUUACUUAAAUCAUGCUAUUCUGCAGCCAACUCUGGCUGCCUUGUCUGUUGCAGCUCAUGUCGAAGCACCCUCGGAUACUGCAAAACUUGUGGGUGCUGUCGGGGGCUCCGUGUACGAGAUUCAGCUGGAGCCAGAGGCAGGCUGCAGUGCCAAGGACAACAUUUUGGUCGUGCGUUUCUUCGGCCGGGCUGCUCAGCUAACUUCAUCACUGUCCAUCGUUAAGAAGGAGUUGAGGUGCAGUCGCUUUGCUGCGUUUCUCAUCAAGUCAUCACUUCUGUCGCGCACGGUGUACAGAGGCUGUGCGCUUGUCGAAUGUGGUGUUGAAGCAGCCAUAAUGGCGGACGGAAUGUAUACAUCGACAUCUACCGGUGAUACUGACCGUGUAUCCCGACCAAUUGUGGCUUUGGUGAGCAACGAACGCGAGCGUGUGGAAGAAGCUGUGCAGAUGUUGGCUGAAGAGGAAACGAACCAUUCUACAGCAGCAGUGGCCCCAAUAUCUACUGGUACUGUUCGGCAGCAAGACCAGACUAACUCGGAACUGCUAUCGAGCAAUGAGAACGAUUCUCUAUCAAGCGGACAAGGAGAUCUAGUGCACUAUGCGGCACCUAUCACGCAGAGCGCAGUUCAGCCGGACAGGGGCACAUCCUUAGUCAGCAAAGAUGCCAUUGUGACUAGCCAGCCGGCGGGAGAGUCGGACAUGGGACUGAGUGAGUACCAAUUCACUCUCACUCGUCUGCAAGAACGCUUCAUAAUGCUGCACAUGCGGGAACGUCUGGAAGAUAUGAAGACGCGCCUGCACGUGACGAAAGCUCAGCUGGACUCCGGUGAAAGUGCUGUUGAUAACCCUGAUGUCAUGCGCUGGUCACUUCGCUGCACUGACAAGCCAAGUAGAACACAGCCAGUGCCACAGGUGUUGCUUGCUUAUCAGGAGCUGUGUACCAUCACAAACUCAUUGCGCAAGGUCAACGUUGAAGUGUCGUUUCCUACGUCAUUUUCACAAAUUGCGCAGCGGCAAGUCCGUCAAGCGCAAGGGCUCGUGGAGUCCUCUCGUCGUGUGUCUUGCCACCUUGAGUUGCGUGCCACCUCUGAGCGCGACGCGUCUGCUCCUAUGCCUUUUUCAGUGUGCACGGCUGUAAUCUCAGUGUGUUCGGAUAGUGUGCAAGUUGCACGUGAAGCAGCCCACUCGUUGGAGCAUGUCGUUCAGAAUUUGCCAAUGACAACCCUCCAGGUACCACGCUAUGCCCUGCGUCCUCUGGGUGACAUCCAGGCGGCUAUAGAACAGCAUCUGGGCAUCCGACUGGUGCGUUUGAACCACACAUCCAGUGACGGCGCUGACUAUCCUAUUGCCAUCGGGGCAGAGUCGAUGAACUCGUUGCAGGCCGGGCACAGGGUGGUGACUAACGUGUUGCAGAACCUAGCAGAUCUACAUACUAGAGUCGGUAAUGCAGCAGCAGCAGCAUCGUCACCGCCACCACUAGCAUUACCUGCAGCCGUAGCAGCAGCAGCAGCAGCGGUAGCGACACCGCCAAUACCAGCAGCUUUGGUCAGUGGUGGUGCCACUGGUAAUGCCACUGCGUUGCAGGCACCAGUAUCUGAAAGCCCAACACUGGCAUUGUCUUCUUAUCGCCAGCCAGAAAAUGGCACACGUGAUGCCUGUAACGUUGCCACAUGGCCACAAACUCCAAGUACGGUUAAUCAAGGCUCUGGGGCAGUUCGUCAGCCCGUCGUUGAAGGGGCUCCUGUUGGCAAGUGUCCUGAGACAUCCAGUCCCCAUCAUGCUCCGGCUACAGACCUGCCGGAAGUCGCGUGCGGUAAGAAUGGAGAUAUUGAUGAUGAGGAGGAGGAUGAUACUGUACCAUCAACCUGCCCAGUGGCACCGCCUAGCCAAGCAGCGCCUGUCCAGGCUUGGUCCACUCCCAGACCACCAGCAUCGGUCACAUCGGCUGCCAAAAUGCAACCGAAGAGAAACCUUGUGCCUCUGCGCCCUGGCUUUCCUGGGAGCAGACUAGUGCGAGAUACUGCUUCCAAAGCAACUGGUGACUGGAAGCCAAUAUCUUAUGCAUCCAGUGUGAAGAGAAAGUCGUCGGCAAGAUGAUAUUGCCAAGCGACAUGAUGCACAGCAUGAUGCACAUUCCACUAUGUGACAACAGCAUCAGCUACUGUGCUACUGUUGUGAGUUAAGGGCUGGAAAUAGAACCAUGGCAAUGCUAUCGGGCCCGAUUCAGCUCCCUGUGAAUAGCCUUGUGCCACUCGCACCUGCAUCCCAUAGUGACAUGCAGUCACGUGACACGCAAGCGCACACAUGUGCGAGAGUACGUAUGAAUGCAGUACCAGGUACGGUUCUGUAACACUGGUAGUAGUAGCCGCGGCUUUGUUGCCUUCGCAUGUGGUGUACGGACACGUUUACGAUAGCAUUGAUGCACCGGCCCCUUACCUGGCUUGAAUGUGUAAGUACACAGGAGUACAUGCUGCCGUUCUGUACACCAUGGUACACUGACUAAGUAUGACUUAGCUACAAUUGUCAGACCUGUGCAAUAAGAUGGCUGAACGCAGUACACUGCUCUCUCAUACCCAACCUUCGCACACGCGCGCACACACACACACACACACACACACACACAGUAUCGUCAUCAUCAUUAUCAUCGUGUAUAGGCUAGGAGAGACUCCCAAGAUAGGCAUCAAUUUACCUCUGGAGAAUUUGAACUGUAAAUUAACAGUACGAAACGAAACAAAUACAAUAUCAACACACGUACUAUGUUGGUAGUGCGACCACUCGAUGAUCCUUCCACGAGUACUGUUGUGUUUUAGUCUUGUCCGUUGCCAGUGAGGUAUACACUUGCCAGUGAGGUAUACACUUGCCAGUGAGGUAUACACUUGCCAGUGAGGUAUACACUUGCCAGUGAGGUAUACACUUGCCAGUGAGGUAUACACUUGCCAGUGAGGUAUACACUUGCCAGUGAGGUAUACACUUGCCAGUGAGGUAUACACUUGCCAGUGAGGUAUACACUUGCCAGUGAGGUAUACACUUGCCAGUGAGGUAUACACUUGCCAGUGAGGUAUACACUUGCCAGUGAGGUAUACACUUGCCAGUGAGGUAUACACUUGCCAGUGAGGUAUACACUUGCCAGUGAGGUAUACACUUGAAACUUGAGUUGUUACAUGUAUUCCUAUUUUCUUAAUCGGACCUCCGCCAUCACCCCUGGUUGCCUGUCUUUUUAUUGCUCCAUGUUCUCUGUCUGGCGGCAUUCCUAUAUUCUCCUCGUUCGGUCCUGCUAGUCGUGUUCUUCAUUUCUUUUGUUCUUGCUGACAUCUUGUUGUGUUUUUCCUUCAUAUAUACGUUCGUUAUUUGGCUUCAUGAUUGUCGUCUUGCACCAUGCCUUUGUUGCUUUGCUUUUCGGUCUUUUUCCACACUGGAGGCUCUUUUUUGUUGCCUAUAUGUCAACUUUUGUUUGUUUUUUUUUACUCUUUGUUUGCAAUUGGUUUAGGGCCACAAGUUUAGUUAGUGCCACGCGUCUUUUUUCUCUAACCUUUUUUUUUAAUGCUGACCGCCAUAUAUUUUAUCCCAUCCAAUAGCUCAUAUACCAGGCAAGAGCUCAGAGGCCACCUACUGUGUGCUGGGUUUUUUAAUUUUUAUUUUAAAAGCAAUGUCUUUGUCACACUCUGUCAGUGAACUGUAUCGUAUUUCUGUAAUGAAGCGGUUUUGCACCCUGCUGAAGUACAGCUGUACUGGUAGA